GUGCUCUCUCUCUCUCACUCUCUCUCUCUGUUCUUCCUCACUCUCUCAUACUGUCAGAGCGGGGGCUGAAGCAAUGCCACUUGAACUUUAAGUGCAAUAGAACAGAGUUGUCGUGCCAACCGGCGCCUGUGCACCGUGACCUCAACACCUGGUAUGUUCUGAGCGUGCUCCAACUCCGGCUCCUCGGAUCAGCUAACUCACCAUGGGAAACUACAUGUGUGGAACACUGAGGAAGAAGAAAAAUGAAGAUGGUAAAACAUACUACUUUUGUAAAAGCAUGUCACAUUUUCUUGUUAUACUUCAAAGUAUGUGUUAUAAUUUAAUCAAUACAUUGCUACAUGUCCGCUUCUUUGCAGAAGAUAACGGUGAUAGUCAUAGCAGCCCAGACAACAAGGAAGAAGAUGUGACAUAUGCCACCAUCGACCAUAACAACACCAAGACAACAGGAUUCAUCGUAGAUUCCGGAGAUAACGAUUGUGACUACGCCCUCGUUAACCUUCCAACUGGCCCAGCCCACCAGUCGUCAAUCAAGGAAGACUGCUCAGACGACUAUGUCCUUAUGGGCUAACCUCAUGGACAAUGUGUGUGUGUGUGUGUGUGAGAUGACAGAGGUCAUGUGAGUAGGCAGAUAACGGAGAUGCAAGGUGGACAAGGGCUGGGGCAAGCUCAAUAGCACCUUUCUGAACCAAAGGAACAGAUAUGAUGCCUGUGACAGUGCCUACAAACUCAACUUGAUGCAGUGUGUGGUUCACUAAUUACAGGGGCUUGCCAAAGUAUUCACUCCACUUGGCAUUUUUCCAAUUUUGUUGCCUUACAACCUGGAAUUAAAAUGUAUUUUGGGGGGUUUGUAUCAUUUGAUUUACACAACAUGCCUACCACUUUGAUGAUGCAAAAU